CUCCCCUCUUCUCUCCCCCCCCCCCCCCCCACGGGCCAGGCAAGCCAGGCUGUCUGCUCUCUGCUCUCCUCCUGCUCCCUGGGUAUCUCCGAGCCUCAAGGUCUGCCUGUCUGUCUGACUGUCUGCCCGGGCCCCAGGCUCCCGGGCACUCUAUCCCCUCCACUCCCUGUGGAUCUGGGUGCCCAGCCGCUCUCCAUCUGGGCCUUCUGGCCUCCCCUUGUGUCCGGUCCUCUCUCCUCGUGGCUCCUUCUCUGCACCUGGCCCUUCCCUUACACUUGUGUCCCCUCCUGUCUGUCUUCGGCCGUCUGUGCCUCUGUCCCUUUGUCUCUGAGUUUCAUCUGUCUCUCAAUGCCCCUCCCCCUGGUGCCCUCUCUAGGAUUCCCCCUCUGUCCCCACCCCUGCCCUCUCCCCAGGGCCCCCUGCCCCUCGACACGACACUGACGAUAGCUCUGGGGUGUUAAGCUACGGAUUAGUUCAGGCAAAAUUCUCAAUUUUGCUUGCGUUCUUUUCCCUUUGGGUUAUGUAAACAGUAAUUCUCCCCAGAUGGAACUAUUUUCCUCGCUUAGAAGCAGCCGGGCAGGGGGGCUUGGGCAGGGCCGAGGAUGGAAUGCUAGGGUUCCUCAGAGAGCCUGCGGGGAGCAGGGGGUGGAGGGUGACCGACGACCCUCGGCCUGGUCACUCCUCUCCUCUCCUCCUCUGCAGGUACUUGCUCUGCUAGGACCAUGCCCGUGACCUUUGCCCUCUUGCUCCUCCUGAGCCAGGCCACCGCAGACCCGUGUUACCAUCCAGGUGGCCGCCCCCGCUUCUGCCUCCCACCGGUGACCCAGCUGGCCGGCCUGGCGGCCUCCUGUCCCCAGGCCUGUGCCCUCUCCCUGGGGGCGGACCUCAGCCCCCGGGCCACCUGCAACGGGAGUCUGACCCUGGCCCUGGGUGGCCCCUUCCUCCUGACGUCCGUCAGCCUACGCUUCUGCACUCCAGGAUCCCCGGCCCUGGUCCUGUCUGCUGCCUGGGCCACCGGAGGCCCCUGGAGAUCACUGUGGCGCAGACCCGCCUGGCCUGGGGCCUUGGGGGGGCCCGAGAAGGUGACCUUCCGAGCCCCGCCGGGCCCUAAGUCCAGCGUGGUGGUCAGUCACCUCCGCGUGGAGUUCGGGGGCCGGGCGGGGCUGGCGGCAGGUGGCGUUCGAGGCCGCUGCCAGUGCCACGGCCACGCUGCCCGCUGUGCUGCCCGCGCCCGGCCGCCCCGCUGCCGCUGCCGCCACCACACCACCGGCCCAGGCUGCGAGAGCUGCCGCCCGUCCCAUCGAGACUGGCCCUGGCGGCCCGCCACGCCCCAGCACCCCCACCCCUGCCUGCCCUGUUCCUGCAACCAGCACGCCCGACGCUGCAGGUUCAACUCGGAGCUGUUCAGGCUGUCUGGCGGCCGGAGCGGGGGCGUCUGUGAGCGGUGCCGCCACCACACGGCUGGGCGCCACUGUCACUACUGCCGCCCGGGGUUCUGGAGGGACCCCGGCCAGCCUAUCACCAGCCGCAAGGCCUGCAGGGCCUGCCAGUGUCACCCUAUUGGGGCGACGGGUGGCAUCUGCAACCAGACCAGCGGGCAGUGCUCCUGCAAGCUAGGGGUCACCGGCCUGACGUGCAACCGCUGUGGUCCUGGCUACCAGCAGAGCCGCUCUCCCAGGAUGCCCUGCCAGCGAAUUCCAGAGGCGACGACCCCCCUUGCUCCUACCCCUGGCGCUUACAGCUCUGACCCUCAGUGUCAAAACUACUGCAAUGUCUCGGACACCAGGGUAUACAUGAGCCUUUGGAGGUAUUGCCAGCAGGACUACGUUCUCCGCGCCCAGGUCCUGGCGUCAGAGGCGGCGGGCCCGGCGUGGCAGCGGCUGGCCGUGCGCGUGCUGGCCGUGUACAAGCAGCGGGCGCGGCCCGUGCGUCGCGGUGGCCAGGACGCCUGGGUCCCCCGCGCCGACCUGGCCUGCGGCUGCUUGCGCCUGCGGCCCGACACCGACUACCUGCUGCUGGGCAGCGCGGCCGGCGGCCCCGACCCCGCGCGCCUGGUCCUCGACCGCCACGGCGUCGCGCUGCCCUGGAGGCCACGCUGGGUCCGGCCUCUGAGGCGGCUGCAGCUGCAGGAGCGCGCCGGGGGCUGCCGCGGCCUGCGACCUCCCACCCCGAGCCCGGGGCCCGAGCCCUAGAGCCCCACCUGCUCGGCCUCCGCAGCCGACGACGACGACGACGACGACGACGACGACGACGGAACUUGGGAGCGACCGCGAGCUUCUACUUCGACGGCGCAUCCCUCUGCGAGCCAAUCAGGCGCCGUGGAGCCGCUGACGUCACUGGCACGCGCCAGGCUGGAGGGACCCUUCAGCGCAGGCGGCAGGCCGGGAGCCCGGCUUUUGGCCUCUUGCGAGGACAUUUGGCCUGUGAUCUGGGCAGCCAGUCCCCUAAAUAAAGUCUCAACUCUUGGGGA